UAGUAAAUAUUUAGUUAAUUUUUUUCGGUAUCUUGAUAAAUUAAAAUAUUUAAUGUAACUUAGCAAUAUUGUUUUGUAACAGCUGUUGUGAGAAGAAAUGUCAAAAAUAGGGUCAUAUUAUUUUUUGCUUAUUCUAUCAAAUUUAACUUUUGGACAUACGUUAGCUUUGUCAAUAUACGUUUGUUCAUCUAAACUUUUUAUGUUGAAAAAGUUAAAUCUCCAAAAAAUAAAGUUUUUAAAAUAGUUUUUAAUUGGCUUCAUUUUUAUUUUAAUUCAACUAAUAGAUAUGAAUUCUUUAAAUGAAGAUUGCUUGAUUCAAAUUUUACGAUAUUUAUCAUUGAAAGAACAAAUAGCACUUUUACUCUCUAAUAAAAGUUUCAUUGAUAUUAUUGGGAGUAUGUGGAAAACAAAAUAUAAAAGGCAAUUACGUUUAAAGUUACCACCUGAAAUGCCACUCGAAUUCCAUGAGCUUAAACAAUUUAUAUGCGUCGUGCAUCAACAUGUAGAAAAUCUACAACUCGAACUUGACUCCAAAGAUAUGAUUAGUCUGCUAAAUGGAUAUAAAUUUAUCAAAACAAACAACCUCUGUAUAACUGUGACAGGUUCAGAGAUGUUGGAAUACGAAUUUGUAACUAUCUUAUAUGAUACUUUCCCAAACCUAAGGCAUCUGCGACCAAAUGGAAAAUUUACAGGUGCAGGCUUUGUAUUGUGGAAACACUUGGAACAACUAACAAUUAGUUCCUGUUAUACAUUUCAAUUUAACUACUUAGAACGGAUACUGCAAGAAUUGCCAUUACAUACAUUAGUAUUGAAAAGUUUUAAAAUGAAGGAUCCACACCUAGCAGAGGAUUCUCUGCAAUGUUGUACUCUAAGCCAUUUGGUUGUUAAUUCUUAUGAGUUGUCUUAUUUUACGCCACAAUUAAAGAAUUUGCAUUAUUUGAAGGAGUUAAAUAUAACUGAUUUAUACUCGACAGCCAAUUUGGAUUCACUCCACAAUAAGCUCGGAGAGCUGCACAACACUCGGCACAUUGAGGGGAUAUAUUCACGUGACAUUACAGCAAUAUUUCCAAAAAUUAUUAACUUUCGGAUGCAUACCCAUUUGAGGCAAUUAGUAUUGGCCUUCGAUCCUUUGGCAUUUUCCGAUAUGCUUGUUUACAUCUCUUUAUUACCUACGUUACGUGUGUUGCACUUUCAUGCAUGCUAUGUACGUAGCGAGUUGGAAUUUAAAAAAUUGUUUUUGCUCUCUGUACAUUUGGAUGAAAUAAGUUUAGAGGAUUGCAUUAUCAGUUACGGUAGUAAUCCGUGUCUAGAUAUCAACGACGUUGUCGUGAACCGUACAAAGGCGCUUAUAUUAAAUUUUUAUGCAAAUAAAUUAGAUUGUGACAACAAAAUGGCUCAGCUGCAAUUGAAAGGUAGUAGCAAUUUGUUUCGACUGGAGUGUGAACAAAAAUUGAUGAAACGUUGUGGAUACUUAGUUUAUGAAUUUAGUUAAUUAAAUAUAUCAUACAUCAUAGGAAAAUGUGUUUUUAUAUUAAAAAUGAAAUGAAUUUAGGCUCGAAUACGUAUUAUAUAUAUGUUUGUAUGUAUAUAAUUGUAAGCUUCAAUUAAAAAAAACUUUAUUAUUUCCUACUAUCAAAAAAAUCAACAUAUAUAUUUUAAAU